AUGGAUCGUCAAGGAGACGGUUCUGCGAAGCGCAGUCGCAAUAGGGAUUCAAGAGAAACUCAAAGAGAGGCCACUGGCAUACCCCUCCCUCUCUCCCCUCAACCCCCAACUCGCCAAAACCCCUCAAUCACAACCACAACAACCACAGCUAGAACAAGCACAACAAAAACAACAGCCACACCCCACACCACCCCAGCUCCGCCACAACCCCGGCACCCCAUCCCGCCACCAAUCCACCCCCCCUUCUACCCCUACACCCCCCAACUCAACCCCCCCGUCUCCACCCCCGAAAGCCUCUUCAACGGCAGAAACCUCCCUACCCUCACACCUCUCCCCAUCGCCGACCUAUACCAGCCGGGAAGCACCUCCUACGCUCCACACUCAGGAAUCUCCAGUGGCUCCUCCCUAGGAGCCGGCCCCGGCGCUUCCCACGCGAUUCCCGUUGGCGGUGCUGGAGAAAUGCAAGCAUCCGGCACAUCUUCCACGGGUGGAUUUCCUGACGCCAAAGGAAAAUAUGCUCUCAAAAAGCGGGAGUCCAACACCAAUCGAUCGACAACUACAUCGAAGCCGUAUAUUGUCAAACCCAAGGCAAAAUCUUCCGGGGAGAAAUCCUCCCGGGUGUCCAAGUCUAAGAAACCCGCAGAGUCCUCGGGCACGGUAACACCCGCUGCAGAGGAUCUCAACGAUUAUGUGGAUACCAUGUUUGAUGCCUUGACUGGCGCGAUUGCGGGUCUGAAUGGGGUCGCACAGGGUAUUCGUGAUGUACGAAUUGAGGAGGAGCGGAGAAUACAGGCGAGAGCGGAUGCUGCUGCUGCUGCUGCUGGAAGAGGAGAUCAUGUGGAUAAAGAGGAAGAGGAUGAAGAUGAGGAAGAAGAAGAAAACUGA